AUGUCCGUUUCUGGAGAUUGUCAAGCCGACCAGUGCUCGGAACCAUCUCCACCUCCUCCCCACGCAUCGCCCUCCUCUACCACAACUCCAAAAUUUGUAUAUCCAGGCUCGUUCCCCACCUCCGCCGCCAACAGUCCCUCGCUACCGGUUUCUCCCACACAUGAUACAACACCGGCGCCGCAACUCCUAUCCACCGCUCCCGAAGACCACUACUCGCUACUAGAGACCAGACAGGAGCUACCCCAUUCCCCUCCGUCGUUAAAGUCGCCAAAAUCCUUUGCCCGCUCGCGACAGAGCCGUACCACGGCCGAAGAAGUUCCUCGCCAGACGCUACUCAAGGCCCUGGCCUCCAAUCGCCCUUCGCUGUCUCCCCUCUCCCUCACGCCCAUGUCGAUUGCCCCGGGCCUGCGGCAGAGCAUCAUGACGGCAGCGGCGCAGAACUCCCCCAGGUACAUCAUCUCGCAGAACGGUGCAGAACACCACAACAACACGGGUCUCAACGAGUACGCCAUUGAAGCUUCGGCCGCGAUGCUGAGCCCCACGAGUCGAUCCUCCGCCGGAAUGGAGCCGCUGCAGUCGCCAUGCUUCUACCACCAGCGCUUCGACAAAACCGUUAACGUCGACCGUGUCCUCGAAGAGAUCGCCGGCGACGAGUACCGAUCGCACUCGCGACUCAUGCAGACGGCACUUGGCGUACGAGAAGUUGCGCGGCAGCUGCAGCGGAGAACCUGCAAGGUAGCGGUUAAGAACGUUAUGAUUGUGACCAAGGCGCGAGAUAACGAAUUGGUCACACUUACCCGGGAACUGGCUCAUUGGCUCAUGAAGACCCCGAGGUAUGGCAGGCGUCUGGGUGUUAAUGUCUACGUGGACAAGAAACUCCGGAAUUCGGCGAGAUUCAAUGCGGAUGGAUUGUUGGAGGAGGAGCCCGAGUUCAAGAAGAUGCUGAAGUACUGGACUCCGGAUCUUUGCUGGAGCUCGCCCGAGAGCUUCGACCUGGUGCUCACGCUGGGUGGUGACGGCACCGUUCUAUUCACCUCUUGGCUGUUCCAGCGCAUCGUUCCGCCCGUUCUCAGCUUCUCGCUCGGUAGUCUUGGUUUCCUGACAAACUUCAAAUACGAUCUUUACCGGGAAACUCUCGAUAAGGUGCUGAAUGAUGGAUUGCGAGUGAACAUGCGCAUGCGCUUCACAUGCACUGUCUACAGGGAGGAGGAUGGCGAGAGUGUAGAAAAGGAUCAGUUUGAAGUUCUCAACGAAUUGGUUAUUGACCGUGGUCCAUCUCCCUACGUCUCCCAAUUGGAACUGUACGGUGACAACGACCUCCUUACCGUUGUUCAAGCCGACGGUUGCAUCUUCUCGACGCCGACCGGUUCCACUGCAUACUCGCUCUCCGCUGGUGGUUCCUUGGUACACCCUGACAUCCCGGCUAUCCUUCUCACCCCGAUCUGUCCGCAUUCGCUCUCGUUUAGACCAAUGCUCCUGAACGACUCGAUGCUACUGCGCGUAUCCGUCCCCAAAGGAUCUCGUGCAACCGCAUGGUGUGCUUUCGAUGGAAAGGGUCGUCUGGAACUCUGUCCCGGCGACUUUGUCAGCAUCGCUGCAAGUCAGUACCCGUUCCCCACGGUACUGAGCAACAGCACCGAAUGGAUCGACAGCAUCUCUCGUACUCUUAGGUGGAAUACGAGAGGUGCCCAACAGAAGCCGUGGAAUUCGGUCGAUCAGACGGAGCCGGAGGUCUGGGACAUUGACACGGACUCGGGCGUGUACAACAGCGAUGACGAGGAGAGCGAUGGGAACAGUCCCGUAGGAAGGAAGAUGGCAUUGCUUGGGUUGGCUUAG